ACUCUUACCAAUCAAUCAUAAUGCUGCUCUGACUGAAUGCUAAUAGGUAAACAAGACAAAGACGAAGCAAGGAAUUAGCCACUUGAGCAGAACGAAUCAUAUCCCUCAAAAUGAUUGAUAAAUUGAAUUCCGAGGAAUCGCUUCUGUCAACAAAACGAAUGGUAAGGGAGAUUGUGAUCCCGCUAAAAAGUAGGGUGAUCCAAUGGAGCUGUAUAAAUUGUCAAAAGUUCGGUUGAAAUGUCGUUGCAACUUUGGUUAGAGAGAUGCUUUAUUUGUUCAUUCACCAAAAUAGAUCUGAUCAAAAUAGAAUUUGACGCCAUCCGAAUUAAUUUUGAUCAAUUCACCAUCAUGUACCACACCAAAGUAUUGUUGAUCGAUCUUAUUGCCUGGACAAGUACCAUCAGAAGCGACUGUAUACAAGAUAAAGUGUUCUUCCGGAGUCCCAGGAGGAACAUGAAUCUUGAGAGUCUUUUUGCCGUUACGAUACCAGCAAACUGUGUUUGUCAGAUAGUAUGUACCACUGCAAUCAUUUCCGUCUUCAUCACAAAGUUCAGCGUACAAUCCAUCACCACGAGGGAUGAGACCUUCUUGAACAAUACUACCACGGGCAUUCAUGACGCGAUCAUCAUCAUCACGACGAAAUACGGUCGCAUCAUUGAUCGGAAUGCUAUCACGAGCCAUUUGGAGGUUUGCAGUAUUUGCACCCGGUGCUGCCUUGACAAACUUGAUUACACCGAUAGCCAAAGCUGAGAAGAUGAUUGGUGUGAAACGCAUUUUAAUCAAAGUACAGGAUGAUCGGAAGAUGGGAAGGAGAAAGGGUGUUCUUCUACGUUUCAAUCUUUCAAGACAAUAGCAAGCUCCGCUCAGAUCAUCUGCAUGACAAGUAGCAUUUUUAUACCGUAUCCAU